CACAGCGUCACUCCGUUUUCUAAAAACGCACUCUUUCUAGUGGAAAAGCAAUUGAAUCUUAUUCGCAUUUUGCAUUUCUUUUACGUCAAGUAAACCCCCAAUUGUACAUACAUCAAAAAUGGAAGAACAGCGCAUUGAGCGAUCCUACGGCGGGUGCGAAGGUCCAAAUGCCAUGUAUGUGAAGCUGAUUUCAUCGGAUGGACACGAGUUUAUUGUCAAACGCGAGCACGCACUGACAUCCGGAACGAUUAAGGCGAUGCUCUCUGGACCCGGUCAAUUUGCUGAGAAUGAGGCAAAUGAAGUUAAUUUCCGUGAAAUUCCUUCGCACGUCUUGCAGAAGGUCUGCAUGUACUUCACGUACAAAGUGAGGUACACCAACAGCUCCACAGAGAUUCCAGAAUUUCCCAUAGCACCCGAAAUUGCCCUGGAACUCCUCAUGGCGGCAAAUUUCCUCGAUUGCUAAGCUUUAUAUAAAACGGGGAAUUUCGUUCCGCGAUUGCCCAAAAUACCCCGCCCCCCCAUAUUUAUGGUUUUGAACUUUUUUCUUUCUUAUGCAACAAAUACAUAGAGCGGGCUUCGUCCAGCUCUGCGCGAAUGCUAUAAAUUAGAGGGUGAAAAGAAUUAGCAAAUAUCACACCAGCAGAAGCCUGACAAUUUAUUGUAUUCUUCAAAGUGGAUUUUCUUCAUUUUUGUAAUAAAUGAUAGCCAGUUAA